AUGAAAGCAGUAAUACUGGUUGGAGGUUAUGGAACAAGGCUUCGGCCACUUACUCUAACGCAACCAAAACCGUUGGUGGAAUUUGCCAAUAAGCCGAUGAUGUUGCAUCAAAUGGAAGCAUUAGUAAAAGCGGGUGUAGAUACUGUGAUUUUGGCUGUAAGUUAUCUUCCGGAGCUAUUAGAAAAAGAAAUGAAGAUUCAUGCAGAGAAGCUCGGUGAGCGUAUUAAAAUAGUCUUUUCCCCCGAAGAACAGCCUCUUGGGACUGCUGGGCCUUUGACACUAAUUGAGGAACUUAAGGAAGAUAAUGAGCCAUUUUUCGUUUUAAAUUCCGAUAUUAUCUGUGAUUUUCCAUUCUGUGAAAUGAUUGAGUUCCAUAAAAGGCAUAAGAAAGAAGGCACUAUUGCAGUAACUAAAGUGGAAGAGCCCAGUAAAUAUGGUGUUUGUAUUUUGGAUGAACAAACUGGAAAGAUUGACAGUUUUGUUGAGAAGCCGCAAGAAUUUGUCGGUAACAAGAUCAAUGCUGGACUGUAUAUUUUAAAUACGUCUGUCUUAAAACGUAUACGUUAUAACACCCCUACUUCAAUUGAGAAAGAGGUUUUUCCAUUCAUGGCUAAGGACGGCGAAUUGUAUGCUUUUGUAUUAGGUGGAUUCUGGAUGGAUGUUGGCCAACCAAAAGAUUUCCUUACAGGUAUGCGGCUUUAUCUGAAACAUUUACAUGAAAAUGACCCUGGGAAACUUGCAAGUGGUGAUUAUAUCGUUGGCGAUGUCAUAGUUGACCGAACAGCUUCAAUUGGACAAAGACUGCAGCUUAAUGGAUAUUACUUGAAUAACUCAUUCAUUAACGGCUUUAGCCGUUAUAUUAUGAGCCAUACAAUGGCAAUUAAUGAAGACCAUUUAAAGUCUUUGUACUCUGGAGAUAAGGUUUUAUUAAUUUCAGGGCCAAAUGUGGUAAUAGGUCCCAAAGUGCGGAUUGAGGAAGGCGUUUGUUUGCAGAAUUGCACAGUACUUUCUGAAAGUGUUAUAUGUACCCAUACUUGGAUUAGCGGCAGUAUUAUUGGAAGAAAGGUUGGUGUUUUUAUUAACGUGAACCGUGGAAUUUGGCAUCCCACCCGUCAUCUUCGGGUGUGUAGAGUUGGGAGUUGGGUACGAGUAGAAAAUACAACCGUGAUUGGGGAGGAUGUUGAGGUGAAGGACGAGCUGUAUCUGAAUGGAGCCCGCGUACUCCCUCAUAAAGCAAUUUCUUCUAAUGUUCCAGAGCCUGAUAUCAUCAUGUGA